AUGGAGGACUACGAGAAGUUUGUGGAGUUGCGUUUAUCUCAGCUAAAAAUGACUGAAGAUACUGUUGAAGACAAACCGAAAGUACCUUCUUUAAUCUGCUUCUACGGUCGACCUAUCCUCCCUCCUCUGGUCUCAGAGGCACAGAAGAAGGAGAUGACCAGACUCAAAGAGGCUGCACAAACAGCUGCAGCAAACAGGAACCACAAGGAUGAUCCAAGAAUGUCCUAUGUCCAAACGAUUCUGCGGAGUGUUGAUAUAAGAAAAACGCCUACACUAGAAGAGCUCCUCAAAGAAUCAGAAAUUGACAAUCAAUCAUUACCUGACGUAGGCCAUGACUCUAGCUGCACGUCUCUCAACCAAUCCUACGACGUGGACACCCCCUCUGAGUUGUGGCUGAACUGUUUGUUCGAGGAGAAGCACAUGACACCAGAGAGCGGAGGUGAAGGCCAGCGCUCAAAGGUGAAACGGAGGCUGCAGAUGACCGAAGGCAUCCCGGCGAAAGAAGACGAGCAGGCGGAAAGGAGAGCCAGCACAUCCAAGGCUGCUGCGCAGUGGCAUGAAGGCCUCGACGGUGUGAAGGAAAGACAGGCACAACUGAGACAGAUCCACGCAGCUCAGAUCAGGGCGCUUCAGGACCAGCACCAACGACAGCAGGAACAACUUCUACAGGCGUUGGCAGUGCGUUACAGUCUUCUCCAGAGCGUGUCCUUGCCCUGUUCCGUGUCCACCUCACGUCUUGGGGACACACUGACCUUUCCAACCCUCUCUCAGCUCCCGCUCCCUGUGCACUAUCGCCACCUGCUGUCUGCCAUCGCAAAGGGCUUUCUGACGCGCAGGCUGCUGAAGACUGAAAGAGUGGCCCAGCUGGUCCGCACUGCCAGGGACACGCAUCAGUUUUUACAGGCCUUUCAGAAGCACAGCCCCAACAAAGGGCUGCCGUCCAGACAAGACCUUUUUCUGCAAGAGAGAGUAACGCUACAACUUCGCGCUGCUCGGUACGAGAUACAUGACAUCUUCUUCAGUCUAUCGCCCAGAGAGAAGAUGCAACUGAUAAGCAUCGACAGAGACCUGGCCCGGGAAAGGGCUUUCAAGCAACAAAAUGCACAUGGAGGCAAACAAAGAGGAAAGGGCACAUUGUCGGCUGCAACGCAGAAAUCCCUGGAGAGAAAGAGUGCUGUAAUGAUGUAUAAAAAGUCGGCGGAGAGACACAGGGGAGCAGGGACGAGACUUCGGCACAAGCCCGGACUCUCUGCUGAGCAGUCAUUAGAGACGCGCGCAGGACAGCACAGAGCAAAUCCUCAGAGGGUCCCCAAGAGCACUUACACCUCCAGACCCCGAUGA